CCCGCGCGCCUCGCUGCGAGCACAGGGCCGAGCCUCAGAUCCUGGGGGGGAGGCUGACUCCGCCCUGGCUGGAGGAACUAGGUGCUCCUGCCCGUUGCCCCUUCGCGCGUGAAGAUUAAUUUCAGGUUAAGAAAUGGCAUUUCAAAAGGCGGUGAAAGGGACUGUUCUUGUUGGAGGGGGUGCACUUGCUACCAUCUUAGGACUUUCUCAGUUCAGUCAUUACAGAAGGAAACAAGUGAACCUGGCCUAUGUGGAAGCGGCAGAGUAUUUUACAGAACCUGUUAACAGGGAACCUCCUUCCAGGGAAGCUCAAAUACUAACUUUGAAGAACACACCUGAAUUUGAUAUCCUUGUUAUCGGAGGAGGAGCAACAGGCAGUGGCUGUGCACUAGAUGCCGUCACCAGAGGACUAAAAACAGCCCUUGUAGAAAGAGAUGAUUUCUCAUCAGGGACCAGCAGCAGAAGCACUAAAUUGAUCCAUGGUGGGGUGAGAUAUCUUCAGAAGGCCAUCAUGAAGUUGGAUAUUGAGCAGUAUAGGAUGGUAAAAGAAGCCCUUCAUGAGCGUGCCAACCUACUAGAAAUUGCUCCCCAUUUAUCAGCUCCAUUACCUAUAAUGCUUCCAAUUUACAAAUGGUGGCAGUUACCUUACUACUGGGUAGGAAUCAAGCUGUACGAUCUGGUUGCAGGAAGUAAUUGCCUGAAGAGCAGUUAUGUCCUCAGCAAAUCAAGAGCCCUUGAGCAUUUCCCCAUGCUUCAGAAGGACAAACUGGUAGGAGCGAUUGUCUACUAUGACGGACAACACAAUGAUGCACGGAUGAACCUUGCCAUUGCUCUCACUGCUGCCAGGUAUGGGGCUGCCACAGCCAAUUACAUGGAGGUAGUGAACUUGCUCAAGAAGACAGACCCCCAGACGGGCAAGGAGCAUGUGAGUGGUGCACGGUGCAAGGAUGUCCUCACAGGGCAGGAAUUUGAUGUGAGAGCCAAAUGUGUUAUCAAUGCUACGGGACCUUUCACAGACUCUGUGCGCAAAAUGGAUGAUAAGAACGCUGCGGCUAUCUGCCAGCCAAGUGCUGGUGUCCAUAUUGUGAUGCCUGGUUACUACAGCCCAGAGAGCAUGGGACUUCUUGACCCAGCCACCAGUGAUGGGCGAGUUAUUUUCUUCUUACCCUGGCAAAAGAUGACUAUUGCUGGCACUACUGAUACGCCAACUGAUAUCACACAGCACCCUAUACCUUCAGAAGAAGAUAUCAACUUCAUUUUGAAUGAAGUGCGUAACUACCUGAGUUGUGAUGUUGAAGUGAGAAGAGGGGAUGUCCUGGCAGCAUGGAGCGGUAUCCGCCCCCUCGUGACAGAUCCCAAGUCCGAAGACACCCAGUCCAUCUCCCGCAAUCAUGUUGUGGACAUCAGUGAGAGUGGCCUUAUCACUAUAGCAGGUGGAAAGUGGACAACAUAUCGAUCCAUGGCAGAAGAUACUGUGAAUGCUGCUAUCAAGAUCCACAAUUUGAAAGCAGGACCAAGUAGAACAGUUGGACUUUUCCUUCAAGGAGGGAAAGAUUGGAGCCCCACACUCUACAUUAGGCUUGUCCAGGAUUAUGGACUUGAAAGUGAGGUGGCACAGCAUCUUGCUGCCACCUACGGAGACAAGGCUUUUGAGGUGGCCAAAAUGGCAAGUGUGACCGGAAAAAGGUGGCCUAUUGUUGGAGUGCGACUUGUAUCAGAAUUUCCAUAUAUUGAAGCAGAGGUGAAAUAUGGGAUUAAGGAGUAUGCCUGCACGGCGGUGGAUAUGAUUUCACGGCGCACUCGCCUGGCCUUUCUCAAUGUCCAGGCCGCAGAGGAAGCCCUACCCAGGAUUGUUGAACUGAUGGGUCGAGAACUGAACUGGGAUGACCAUAAGAAAGAGGAAGAACUUGAAACAGCCAAGAAGUUCCUAUAUUAUGAAAUGGGCUAUAAAUCCCGAUCUGAACAGUUAACAGAUCGCUCUGAAAUUAGCCUAUUGCCUUCAGACAUUGACAGGUACAAGAAGAGAUUUCAUAAGUUUGAUGCAGACCAAAAAGGCUUUAUUACCAUUGUUGAUGUUCAGCGUGUAUUAGAGAGUAUCAAUGUGCAAAUGGAUGAAAAUACACUACAUGAGAUUCUGAAUGAAGUAGAUUUAAACAAAAACGGACAGGUUGAACUCAAUGAAUUUUUACAGCUUAUGAGUGCUAUUCAGAAAGGAAGGGUGUCAGGAAGCCGCCUUGCUAUACUAAUGAAAACGGCAGAAGAGAACCUGGAGCGACGAGUUCCGAUUCCGGUGGACCGUAGCUGUGGAGGAUUGUGAGAUCCUUGUUUUUUAUUUUGUUUUGUAAAUCUACAGCCUACAAACAUAAGAGCAACAAAUCACCAUGUAACAGCCAGAGAUGACUUCAACCAUUAUAAAACAAUGGCUGUGAUAGUUGCCUUUUUUAACACUGGAAAACAUUCCAAAACUUCAGAAUGCUGGUCUAUUUGCCAACUUAAUUUGCCAAUAUUUUAUUUGCAUCUGCCAUUCAAUCUAACUUCUAAAAAGUGUAUUUUCUCAUUUUCAAUGCACAUUGAUUAAUGUUUUGCACUCAUUUUGUGAUCUGUUAGGCAUAACACUCUCCUUUUUUGUUUAUUAAUUUAUUUUACAGCAGUUCUAGAGGUAGAAAUGGAAAAGAGAAGCUGGAAAAAAUUUGUGACACACACAAAGCUGUGGACCUUAAGCUUGUGGAUAGCAUU